CAAUGGUAUGAAGUAGCAGCCAACGGAUUUGAUCUUGGUAAACCACCGAAAUGUCUUCUAAACCCACUUGUCUAAUUGUGGCCAGUGCAGCUGCACAAGGAGUGUCUGCUCAGUCGUUCCAUCAAGCCUUCUGUCUCUGCAGUUCAGUGUUCAACCUGCAGACUGCUACACCAGGGGGCAAGCCCAUAGAUUUUGUCGGGGUGGAUGAAACCACGGCCAGAUGGAUCCAAGACUUCAGCCAAAAGUCUUUUGCAACCCCAGCCAAGCUGGAGUCAAUAGACGGUGCUCGGUACCAAGCUCUGCUGAUUCCAGACUGUCCUGGGGCGCUCACUGACCUGGCACACAGUGGCUCUCUGGCACGCAUCCUCGCACACUUCACCUCACAGCAGAAGGCGGUGUGCGCUAUAGGACAAGGGGUAUCUGGUCUGUGCUGCGCCAUAGUAGAGGGACAGAAGUGGAUCUUCACAGGCUACAGUCUCACUGGGCCGUCUGUGUUUGAGUUGGUGAGGAGCCCAGACUUUGCCAACCUGCCUCUGAUCGUGGAGGACUUUGUCAAGGACAGCGGAGGAUCGUACACCGCUAGUCAGGAGGAUGCCGUGCAUGUAGUGAUCGACAGACACCUGGUGACCGGACAGAACAUCCUGUCUACGUCAGUCGCUGUCAAUAACCUCAUCAUGCUCUGUAAUGGAAAGUAACAUGUCUUCUGUUCUGCUAUGUGGGGACCAAGCUAAAAAGCCCUGGGUCGGGAUUCAAUCCGAACAUGCUUUGACGGCUAUGCGCCUUUUUAAAAAAGGUAAUCGGCCAUUGAAUCGACAAAUGCAGCGUUGAUCGUGAAUGCGUGGGAAUAUUGCCUUUUAAGGAGCUACUGCCUUUGAAAAGCAACGAAUCCAUUUGGAAAAUGGCCAAUUUGGUGUCGAUAUGAGUUAGAAACAGUUGUUCUACUGUCAAAAUUGACAGUGUAAAUCGGAUAAUUUUGGUCAUAAAGUGGGUCUCGUCUACAAUGGGUAAAUGAAGGUUGGGUUUUGAUUUGACGAUGUCUAUUUACUCACUAACAUGGGGUGAACAGCUGCUGUGAUUGCUCUCUAUCCAAUAGAAAAAACUGUGACCGACCUGCCCAGCAGCUCCAAGACAAGUCGCAAAUUUUUUUUUUUUUACUUGAGAAAUAUUGCACCAAAAACCUUUUUUAGAUGUAAAAAUUACACAACUAUAACAUCCUCGACAAAAACGUCUACAUUUAUUACAGAUUUAUUGAGUUAUCUUAGAUUCAUUCUGGGGAUUUCAGGAAGUGAAAUAGGCUUCGUGGGGGACAAACAGCAUUAACUAAACCUCGGAAUCGGUCAGGAAACACCUCCAAAACUGAAAUCGGUUUUUCUAAUAAGCAACAGAAAAACGUGUGCCAAUCGGCAUCUUCUGUGGAUCUUUUAAAAAGGUGCGUUGCCCACAAAGCGCGAUCGGAUUUAAUCCCAGCCUUAUUUUGACAUGAACAGGAUAUGAUUGAUAUGAUUUAGCAGACCGGCUCAUCAGAGUAUACAUACAGUAAAAAAAACUGAACCUUUCAAAUACAGGUGUCGCAGGCAACAUCUCAAAGUAGAGCUCCUUUACAUUUAGUGCUAUCAAGGACAAAUAUAAAGGCACUUAGUAAGAUAUGAGGACAUGCUGUACAACUCCUGUCUUAUGUACUGUACACCAGAGUUGGUGCAAUUCCAUUUCAGAAAGUAAACCAAAUUACAAUUAGAUUCCAUUUCUAACUUUUAUUGAAGAUAAUUGGAAUUUCAGUGCUCUUCCUGAAUGGAAUUGAGGCAAACCCUGCAGUCUACUACAGCAGAGGUUUGUAGUACGACUACAACCCCCCCCCACAGCAAGCCUAAUUCAGCAGCCACCGGUGAGGUAUUAGAAAAAGUAUCACUGUAUGUAUGUACAUUUCUAUUGUCGAUUACAUUUGUAUAUUAAAAACAACACUGAACAAUG